UAUGAGUAUGGAACAUGAAGUGGUAAGGCGACAUGCCGGCCAAUGUAGGCGAGAGAUGGCAAGACUAGGUCAGAAUCACACACGGCUUUCGAUCUUUCCACACUGAUUGCAGUAUUGACUGGUUGCCUUUCGACCUUGCAUGCCAGUUCAUUCGCAUAAUAUAAAAAUAUAUGUGCUCUCUCCUUCCGUAUGUGUAUUCCUCAGGGCUCAAGCUCUUUGUUGUUGCUUAGUGAUUUGCUUAGUUAAAUAAUUCUAGCUUUGGCUCCGCUUGCUUCCCUUUUCGGGUUUUGGCAUGCCGGCACCCGACCUGCGCCCCCAAUUGCAGUCUCUUCUUCAGACUGUCGAGGAGGAGCAGCGGCAUCUUCUGGACUUGCUGAGCGUCCAGCAUGACCAGUUUACCUUGGCGCUCCGCGAGUCUAUGGAGCGGAUGAAGGAAGUUGAAAGAAAGGCCUUAGUUGCCGAAGCACCACAGCUGGCAGAUGAUUUCGUUGAAAACAGGGUGGUAUUCGCGGAGUAUGAUGAGCAGGAGGAGUACAGAAAGAAGAUGUCUCACCAUGACCACUCAACAAGUACUCUUGGCAAAAUCCCUUCACCUCACCACGAUUCGUCUCGGACUUUGCGACACCAAAGGACUGCGCAGGAGAUCUUGGGCUUGCAGAAUUUUGUGGACAAAAGCCGUGCAUAUGUGGAUAUGGUGGCUGGUACACUCGUAUGCUUGAACUGCCUUGUGAUGCUGACCGAGCUCGAGCUGGAGGGCCAGGCAGCUGGUGUCCGCUUGGGUUUGGGCCCUGGGCCAAACCUGGAAGAGGUGCAGAACAUUUUUCAAACCUUGGAUACCAUCUUCGUUGUUGUGUUCACAGUGGAGUUGUUAUUUCGAGCCGUCCUGGAGAGAAAAGGUUUUAUCUCAGACCUGGCCAACGCCUUCGACACUAUCCUAGUAAUUCUUGGCUGGCUUGCUCUCACCAUCAGUGGUUUCGCCGUCAGCGACAUCUUGCUUUUGCGGACGGUGAGAGUCCUCAAGGCCCUCCGGGCUGUGCGCUUGCUUAGGAGCUUCAGAUUCUUCAAGGGCUUGCGCUUCUUGGUCAAGGCUUGCUACUGCUUCAUCCCGUCCCUCCUUUGGGCAAUGCUCCUCCUGGUGGUCUUUAUUUGUAUGGGUGCAUUGGUUCAAGGCAGUCUGCUACAAGACUUUAUUCUCAAGGAGGAUGCUGAUAAAGAAGAGAGGCUGUGGGUGUGGAACCGCUAUGGGACAGCAUACCGCUCCCUCUACACCAUGUAUGAGAUCACAUUUGCAGGAAAUUGGCCCACCAAUGCUCGCCCAAUCUUGGAAACCGUGGGGCAUCCAUUCGUUUUGUUCUACUUGGUCUACAUAACUUUUGUGGUGUUCGCGACCUUGCGUGUGGUAACCGCAGUAUUUCUCAGAGACACGUUAGAUGCGGCCCGCAACGACGAUGAGGCGCUUGUGAUGGAGCGGCUGAGGAACCGGGACAACUACCUUGACAAAUUGGAGUCUGCUUUCGAAGCCAUGACCGGCCACAGUGAAGGACAGAUCUCGGAAGAGAAGCUCGAAGCAGUGCUGCAGAACCCUAAAGCCCAGGCAUAUUUUCAGACACUAGAGCUGGACAUUGUGGAGAGCCAUGCUUUGUUCAAAAUGCUCGACAAUGGUGAUGGUGUCAUCACCCACGGAGAAUUUGUGGAUGGAAUGUUACGAUGCAAGGGCCCCGCACGGGCUAUGGAGCAGGUGGCAAUGCGCGCAGAAUUGCGGCAAAUGGAUCACAAGCUCUCGAACCUCAUAAAUUCGUUACAGGAGCAUGUGGGCCAGCUGGUUUUCUUGAUUCAAUGA